AUGACGGUGAAGCCAGAGACCCUGGCAAAGAGGAACAAACUGCUCCCGGAAAAUGAGCGAUUCCUACGCGCUUGCUCGGACGUUGCAAAUGCCCUCAUCCAGGAGUAUGAGGCCAGUCGAGACCCGAUGAAGCCCAAGAAAGACAUCAAUCUUAACAAGCUGCGGGGUCAAAUUGCCAAAAAGCAUUCGCUGGCCGCGCAACCACCUCUGACAGCAAUCAUCGCUGCAGUUCCUGAGCAUUAUAAGAAAUAUAUCCUACCAAAGCUGGUUGCAAAGCCCAUUCGUACCUCGUCUGGAAUUGCAGUCGUUGCGGUGAUGUGCAAGCCGCAUCGCUGCCCACACAUCGCCUAUACCGGAAAUAUUUGUGUCUACUGCCCUGGUGGCCCCGACUCUGAUUUCGAAUAUUCCACUCAGUCAUACACCGGUUACGAGCCAACCUCCAUGAGAGCUAUCCGAGCUCGGUACGAUCCUUUCGAGCAGGCACGAGGACGAGUCGACCAGUUGAAGUCGCUAGGACACAGCGUAGACAAGGUUGAAUAUAUUAUCAUGGGCGGCACCUUCAUGUCACUUCCGGAAGAUUACCGUAACUCUUUCAUAUCGCAGCUUCAUAACGCGCUCAGUGGCUAUCAGACCGAUAACGUUGAUGAGGCCGUGCAAGCAGGGGAGAUGAGCAAUAUCAAAUGUGUGGGUAUUACAAUUGAAACCCGCCCUGAUUAUUGCUUGGAUCAGCAUUUGAGUAGUAUGUUGCGAUAUGGUUGUACUAGGCUGGAAAUUGGAGUUCAAAGUUUAUAUGAGGAUGUUGCUCGCGAUACCAACAGAGGGCACACAGUUGCCGCCGUUGCGGAAACCUUCAAACUUGCAAAAGACGCUGGUUUCAAAGUGGUCAGUCACAUGAUGCCUGACUUGCCAAAUGUUGGCAUGGAACGAGAUCUGGACCAAUUCGUGGAGUACUUUGAGAACCCGGCCUUCCGUACAGACGGUUUGAAGAUUUAUCCUACCCUCGUGAUUCGAGGAACUGGUUUGUACGAAUUAUGGAGAACAGGGCGUUACAAGAACUAUACACCAAACGCGCUUAUCGACAUUGUAGCUCGAAUCCUUGCGUUGGUGCCCCCAUGGACGCGUAUCUAUCGAGUGCAACGUGAUAUCCCUAUGCCACUGGUUACCUCCGGUGUCGAAAACGGAAACCUUCGUGAACUUGCUUUGGCUCGAAUGAAAGAUUUUGGAACGACAUGUCGGGAUGUGCGAACGCGAGAAGUCGGUAUCAAUGAAGUCAAGAAUAAGAUCAGGCCCUCUCAAAUCGAACUCGUCAGACGAGAUUACACUGCAAAUGGCGGUUGGGAAACAUUCUUGGCCUAUGAGGACCCUAAGCAGGAUAUCUUGAUUGGUCUUUUGCGCUUGCGCAAAUGUAGCGCUACUCAUACCUUCCGUCCUGAGCUCACGGGUCAACAAACAAGUCUUGUGCGAGAACUGCAUGUUUAUGGCUCAGCUGUGCCAUUGCACGGCCGAGACGCCCGCAAAUUCCAGCACCGCGGAUUCGGUACUCUCUUGAUGGAAGAAGCUGAACGCAUUGCUAGAGAAGAGCAUGGCAGCAAGAAGAUCAGUGUCAUUUCUGGUGUGGGUGUCCGAAGCUACUAUGCACGUCUUGGGUAUACGCUUGAUGGUCCCUAUAUGUCGAAGAUGCUGGACGAUGAAGAGUAG